UCUCGAUGAAUCGUGUCGCAACUGGAACAAUCGAAUCAUGAGCGUAAAGUGCCUCAUCUGCACAGAAUCCAUCGCAUCCAAGGAGGCGAUAAGUCUACAGGACAAAUUCAACGACACUUCCGUGGCUGAGGCUUUGGCUACAUUCGCGAACAUGGAGAUAGUAAUGGGAAACUACUUUCUCUGCUUGAAUGUGUGCUACAAGCGGUUGGUGGAUGGAGUGGAUUUGCAAAAAUCCAUAAAAACGGUCUUUGAACAAAUCUCGCUACAAGGUACACCGUUUGCGAUGGAACCGAUUGACGAACUCGAAUUGGAAGACAUACAAGAUGCGGAAACAUCCACCUCCGAAAAGUCCAUGCUUGACAUUAAAGUACUGCCCGUUCCAGAGCCAGAGACUAGCGAAGCAAAUCCUCCGGUACCCUCAGAACAACCUUUCAUUCCGCCUGAUCCCAGCGUGAUCGUUACUCAUAUGAAAUUUAAUAAUUUCGAGUACCUAGAGUUGAGCGGUAGGCGUUGCUGUGGCUGUGAGUUUAUGGCUUCGAGCCUAGAACAAUUGGCGUUACAUGCGAAGGAAAUUCACAAAGGUCAGCCCACCGAACAGGACAGAACCGCGAUCGUUUGCACCAUCUGUAGGCGAACGUUCGAUACCAAAGAGCAGCUGCAUUCGCAUAGCAUUCGCCGUCCCAUUGUAAGGGAAGUUUUUGUCUGUAAAUGCUGCAUGUACGGUUUCGGGACUAAAGAAAGUUUAACGGAUCACAUGACGCUUUGCGUGGAAAGAUAUCGCGAUGAAAGCCGAGAUGAAUCCGAAACUGCCACCGACUAUGAUGACGAUGAGCUGGAGAUGCUAGACGAGGGCGAGGCACCAAUUAAUAAGGCAAUUCAGCCACUGGAUGCCAAGUUUGUUACACGCCAGGAAGAGUAUGACGAUUAUUACAUUCAGCAUACUGAUGCGAAACGGUGCUGCGGUUGUGGGCUUUUCUUCCAGAACGAGCAAGAAAUGAUGGAUCAUGCAACCAAGGCACACCAUGCCGUCCCAAGAGCUGACCCUGGUCCUAAGAGCUCCCAUAACCGCUGGUCUUGCACCGUUUGCCAGAGGCUUUUCCAAUCGCAAACGUCGCUCAAACGGCACAUAUGGGCCAAUGGAAGCAUUCGGAAAAUUUAUCACUGUUCGCUGUGCGACAGCCCAUUCAUUCGAUUCUGGCAUUUGGCGCAACAUUUCUACGGCUCAAAAAAGCAUCCAAAAAGCAAACCUUCCGCAAUGGAUGGAAAGACAGAGGACAGAGGCAAGAUGGAGGCUAUACAGAAAAGGCUUAGCGCCUCACGUGAUAACACGUCGACAGAGCGUGGCUGUUGCUUUCUGCGAUGUAAUGCCUCGUUCGAUUCGCAUAAGCAAUUGCUACAUCAUGUGGAGGAGCAGCAUGCGGUGCGCCGUCGAAUUCAUGUCUCAGAGCGUACGCAGCACGAUUUCGUGUGCGAAGUAUGUCAGCUUGGGUUUAGUAAGGAGAAGAAUCUGCUCGCCCAUCAGAAUAGAUGCGCAUUGAAAAAGGGAAACAUUUGCACUUCCUGUGGGAAAGGUUUCAAACACCCGAGUGGGCUCGAGGAGCACGUGUUAAUUGAACACAGUGAUGCACCGCCCAAGUUUGAAUGUGACCAGUGUGGUAAACUAUUCAAAAAGAAAUCUCUCAUAAAGCUGCACAUGGUGACGCACCAGCUAAACCGAGAAUUUGCCUGUGAGCAGUGCGAUCGUCAGUUUCAUUUCCGUUAUCAAUUGAAACAACAUAAGCGCACGGUGCACGCUACCGAAUUUCCAUACGAGUGUGCCUACUGCGAUAGAAAGCUGCCGGACAAAGGGCGCUAUGAUGUGCACAUGCGGAGCCACACUGGCGAGAAACCGUACGGGUGCCGGUUCGAGUGUGGUCGGUCCUUUACAAACUCCACGGAUCGUCGCCGUCACGAGAUGGUUGCGCAUACCGGAGAAAGGCCUCACCAAUGUCCAACCUGUAAGGUGAGCUACGCCCGCCACCGAACGCUACAGCAACACUUUCAGAAGAAUCCCACCCAUAAACUCGCACCCGCUAAUCAGGGGGAACGGAAAGAUAAUCAAGAGUAAAAAUCAAAUAAACUUCACUUACCCCGCAACAGUCGAAGA